AAAAAAUUGUAUGUAUAUAUUAUAAUAAAGAUUAAUACAGGAGAGACUAUUUUUUAUUUGUUUAUUUAUUUGUUGUAGAUAUCUAUAGAUUCUGUAAUGGAGGAAAUUGCCCCACUGUUGCACGCGCGUAUAAGGGGCAGGAUCCGCAACGCGCGCGCACACAGAGUGAGAGUGAGUCAGUGUGCUAUCUGCACUCGGUGAACCGAAUCCGCACUGGUCGGAAACCUGACGCGUCCCGGUCCCGCUCGCGCACGCACAAGGUUUACAGUCGUUACGGAAUGACACACUCACGCGGACACACUUCCUGAGCUGCUUUCCAGGAUCACUCCCCCCCCGGCUGGCGGAAAGUGGGCGUUUGCUUUUUCCUAAACCACGGAGAAGUCGCAGUAGUACAGCUACCCCCAGCGCGAGACACUGUACUGCACGCUCUGUACGUUUUCCAUCCCCUCGAGAAAUGCACGUGAAUAUAUACGCGUCUGUCUUAAGCCUCGUGAGAAGGCUGUACGAUCCGUUCCUUCUGAACGUAACGAAUUGUAGGAGCAGCCAGCACUGAGACGCUUGUGUGGACCGGACAUGGCGAACGGAAAUCUGUACGAUAACCGGCGCAUCGUGGAAAAGUAUCUGAACCACAAACUGUCGAAAAACGGCCACGCGCGGGAGUUUCAUCGGUGCCGCGCGAGCAGCCUGGACGGCCAGGAGGAGCGCGAGAAGGAGAGCGCGCGCCGCGUAACUCUGCACAUGGCUUUGCGCGAGGCCGGUGACGAACUGGAAAGCUUGUACCGACCGGAGUUGGCGGAGAUGGUGAAGGGCCUGCGCGCGACAUCGGUGGGCACGGAGCAGCCGCGGUUCGUGGCCGUGGCGGACGAGCUGUUCCGCGAUGGAGUGAACUGGGGUCGCGUGGUGGCAUUUUUCGAGUACGGCGCGAUGGUGUGCGUGCAGUGCGCUCCGGACGCCGAGAGGAACGCGUGUGCCGAGAACGUCGCGCGCUGGAUGGCCGAGUACCUGAACGGCCCGCUGAACGACUGGAUCCAGGAGAACGGAGGAUGGGAUGCCUUUGUGGAGCUGUACACGAGGAAAAAGGAUUCGGUGUACAGCAGCUCCUGGCCGUCCUUAACGACGUCCGUCUUCAGUUUGGCGGCACUGGGGGCAGUCGGUCUCACCAUUGGGGCUUAUCUGACUCAGAAAUGAAGAACUCCAACCAUCCUCUCCUCUUUCUCCUCCUUUCCUUCCUCGUUCCCUCAGCGUUUUGGAGAUACUCACAUCCCGGACGUUUCUUCAAAACCUUUCAUAUUCCUGUCAUAUUCAUAUCAUAUUAUAAGUCCUUCUUCACUUUUCCUCAAAAGAACAUGACUCGGGUGCGAAGACAAAAGCUAAGUAACGAUGUGUUCCAAUACAAAAAAAACCCAAAAAAUGAGGUGAAACAGAAGAAAAGAAACGUUCACUCACCUUGAGGAAUACCGGCCAAGUCGACGAUUAUUCUUCCAUUUUGUGACCUUUGUUAAGGCUCGAUUUUAUCGGCAUGGACGUAAAGUUAAUCCGCGUUAAUGAUGAGCUCUGCAUUUUCCAGACAUUACGACUGUUUGACACCUUGUUCAUUAAUUUUAUAAGCAGCUUUUUGUCUUCUCGAUCACUUCUGCUGCUUCAAUAAUGCUAGCUGAUGUCAUGUUAGCACCAAGCUAACAGUUAGUGUACCUAACCAUAACCUUCCCUUAAUUGCUGGAGUUAAAAACACGCUAACAAAUGCACAAUGUGAACACAAAAGAACACUGUUGCUAGGCAACCGGGGAAAUACAGUCACCAAAGAAUCCUCUCUGGUAUUUGACAGUAAAUGAGGAUGAAAUUAGCUAGCUAGCGGUUACGUAACGACGGAGUAUCCUGCACAGAAGUAUCCGGAAUGACGACUUUUCUCCCAGAUGUGUUGGCGAAAUCGUGAAGAAAAGACACUGUAUGGCGAAAACGACUGUACGUAGUGUUUAGCAUUCUUCAGUGGGUUAUAGAGAAAUGCCAGCGCUGUGUCCCAACUCGAGCGCAUGAGGAAGUGUCUCGGGGACAGUCUGGAAUAUUUUACGGUACUUCUGUUGAGGAAAAUCCAAAAAAGUUCAAAGGUGAGGCAAAAGGUCUCUUGGUCUCGACAGUGAGCGUUUGGGCGCUUCAAGGAUGGCUGAGAAGAUGAAUGGAAAACAUGGUGAGGACGGAACGCUGCGACAUCAUGAAAUUAACGUCACUGGGACAUUAAAUCUUUAUGAUGGGCUUUUUUAAAGUUUUUUUUUUUUUUUUAAGUACAGAACAUUUUUUGUCUUGCACUUGAUUUAAAAAAAAAAAACAUCCCUCAGAUUUUUUUUUUUUUUAAGUCCUGAUGUUCACUUGGAUACCCCCCCGAUCUAGAGAUGUCCGAUCUCUAGCUUUACUAAGUCUGCAAUGCUUGAUCGGAUCAAGACAUCACUAACACGGCAAAUGUGUAUUUUUGAUGUCGAAGGUUGGAAGUGAAAACGGAUUUCACAUUUUAGCUGCUCUUAGGAAACGUACAUCUUGCGCCAACUUUCAAUAUGGCCGCCGCAUCCAGCUGAAUGUCUUUCUGAGGGACUUCAGAACAUUAUUUCUAUCUGUUGUGUCUGUUUGUACAACAAAAUGUCUCUGGUUAAAUGUGUAAGGCAAGUGUGUACAAGUCUGACUACAUGACUGAGAACGAAGGAUGGGAAAGUAACGCUGGUUUAGUCGAUGGGGUGAAGGAUCAGUCGGGGGGGGUGACCACACAUUUUCUUUUCACUUAUUCUAAAUGUAGUCCAUCAACAUGAAGUAGAUAUUAGGUGUUAGCUAAUUUUGCCUCGCUAAUCAAGUGAAUGUUGGACACCGAUAUUUAAAGGAGGAAUGAAUGAGGUAUGAAAGAGCAAAACGUUUGUUAGCUAAUGAAGAUGUCUGGAAUGUUUGAGAGAGAAAAUGUACGUAGGAAAGAGAUGAUGAAUCUGAAAUCUUUAUGAAGAUGAUAAAUGUGUGUGUUUACUGAGAUUAGAGAUCAGAGGUCACAGGAAGCUGGAAGCGAUGUUCAAGAUGGCCGACACACCGCAGGACUGACAUACAUGAAAACCAGGACGCAUUAUUAUUAAAAUUAGCCAUUGUUGUUAUAUACUAUGCCUAUACUCCC